AUGACGAAUCCAUUCGACGCCGAUGACUUACUAAAAAGAUCUAUAUUCAGUUCUAUUCUUGGAUUUGGCCGUAAAGCAAAAAAUACAGGCAGAGUAGGAUCGGUGAAAGAUGAAGAUGUUAGUGGUUCAGCGACCAGCAUACAUAAUAAUAACAGCACCACAGCACUGAGCGAUUUAACUCCAUACAAUCGUAAAUAUCGCACAAAGCAGGAAAUAUACAAUGAAAUUGUUUGCGAAUGCGCUGAAUUGGAAAAAAAUAAGGUUCCAACAGUGUCAAAUUCAGCUGAAAUGCGAUCGGUAGGAUGCUCUACCAACGAAUUGAUAGAUACUACAACAAAUUCAUGCAGUCCAGAUUCGCGCCUUUCAGCAGAGCAUAGUAACAAGAAAACAAUACAGGAUUUAGUUCAACUCUUGGUAGCAGCUGUUAAGGAAAGUGGAAUUCUUAAUGACCAAAGUGGAACAAAUUCACCAGAAGACAUAUUGAAACGUAAAAGACUGCAGAACAAGAAAGCAGCGAUACGCUACCGAAGACGACAAAAGGAGCUCAGAGAAGAAGCAGAAAUGGAAUUGACAAUCCUUGUGAACAAAAAUAAUGAAUUGAAAAACGAAAUUAAAAGAAUGCAAGCUGAAAUCGAUCAACUGAAAGCACGAGUUUUAAACAGAACCAGUGAAGAAGCGCAUUCCUUCUGUAAAAUAUAG